CUAUAUUUCUACUUGUUACCAGCCCAGAAGAUCCCGUCCCCUCUUCCAUUAUUUAAGCAUUUGGAUCAAGUGGCAAGAAGAACAGAACCACAAGGCAGAAGAGAUCUCCUCAAGGCUCAGGAUGGUUUCUCUGAGUACUUUGCAAGGAUGGUUCCUCCCAAUUUGCAAUGGAGAAUUCGAUUUGGGAUCUUCCUGCACUCAGAGAAGUUCAAUAGAUUUUCUAAAUCUUUCUUUCCUCGUUAUCUAUUGUCUGGGAUUGCUAAUGGCUUUUGUGAGAAGACAAUAUUCUACCGGGAGCCGGACUAGGCACUGGGUUUUCAUCACUGUUUCAGUCUGCUGCGCAGUGACUGGCGUCGCAUAUUUCUGUGCUGCUGUGUUGGUUUUAUCCUGGGGAGAAUCCAGAGUUUUGAAUGGGGAAUUGGCACUCUACUUUGUUAGGGGGAUAAACUGGUUGGCUUUAGCAGUUUCCUUGAACAUCCGACCAACCACUUGUGUUAGAGCUGUAACUCUAGUCUGGUGGGCUUCAUUCUCAAUUCUCAUCUCUGCAUAUAACUUGGAAAUCCUGCUUACAGACUAUUCCAGCCUCAUAAUCCUUGAUAUGAUGUCAUGGCCGGUAAACUUGUUGCUCCUCAUCUGUGCUUUCAGACUCAUUCUUCAAAAUCAAAACAUUGUUCAUGAAAAGCCCCCCUCGCAAGAUGAUUUAUCCCAGCCCUUGUUGAAUCAGGAGAGUGGGAAGGAUACCAACUUGGGCAGAGCUGGUCUAUUCAGUCGCUUGACGUUCUCUUGGUUAAAUCCUUUACUGCGUUUAGGCUACUCUAAACCAUUGCAUCAUGAUGACAUCCCACCUUUAGAUUCAGAAGAUGGGGCACUACGAGCUUAUCAAACAUUUAAAACAGUCUGGGAUCUUCAGAGGCAGAGCAAAUCCAAGACAAGUAACUUGGUUUCCUUGGCAUUAGCCAAGUGUUACCUGAAGGAAAUUUCCCUGACAGGUCUCUAUGCAUUGCUAAGGACAGUCGCCGUCGGCUGCGCACCAAUAUUACUGUACGCAUUUGUGUGGUACUCUUAUCGCGAGGAGAGAGAUACCUCCAUGGCCAUCUCGUUGGUUGGUUGCUUGGUGGUGACAAAGCUUGCAGAGUCUUUAUCUCAGAGGCAUUGGUUUUUCGGUUCGAGGAGGUGCGGAAUGAAGAUGCGAUCGGCUCUGAUGGCAGCCAUCUUCCAGAAGCAGCUGAAGCUUUCUAGCCAGGCAAGAAGAAAGCAUGCAGCUGGGGAAAUUGUUAACUACAUUGCGGUCGAUGCAUAUAGACUUGGCGAUUUUCCUUGGUGGUUUCACAUGGCAUGGAGUAUGCCACUCCAACUGCUGCUUUCUGUAGCCACUCUCUUUGGAACGGUCGGUCUGGGGGCUCUUCCAGGUCUAAUUCCUCUAACCCUCUGUGCUAUCCUUAAUAUUCCAUUUGCAAAGAUGCUGCAGGAGUACCAAGCAAAGCUCAUGGUUGCCCAAGAUGAGAGACUGAGAGCCACAUCCGAAGUCUUGAACAACAUGAAGAUCAUCAAGCUACAAUCGUGGGAGGAGAAGUUCAGGAGAAUGAUCGAGUCUCUAAGAGAUGUGGAGUUCGGUUGGUUGAGAGAAACCCAGAUUAAGAAGUCCUAUGGAACUGCUUUAUACUGGAUGUCUCCCACAAUUGUUUCAGCAGUGAUCUUUGCUGGAACAGCGGCCAUGAGAACCGCUCCUUUAGAUGCCAGCACCAUUUUCACAGUCAUGGCGACCUUGCGAGUCAUGGCAGAGCCGGUGAGGAUGCUGCCCGAAGUCCUUUCGGUGAUGAUCCAAGUAAAGGUAUCGUUAGACCGCAUUGGUGUAUUCCUGCUGGAAGAAGAGAUCAAAGAGGAGGAUGUAAGACGAAGCCCCGCGCAGAAUUCAGAUCAAAGCGUUAGAGUGCACGGCGGGGUUUUUAGCUGGGAGCCAAGUGCAGCUAUUCCUACAUUGAAGAAUAUUAGUUUCAGCAUAAGCAGAGGAGAGAAAGUAGCUGUUUGUGGACCUGUUGGUGCUGGAAAAUCAUCUCUGCUAAGUGCCAUACUUGGGGAAAUACCUAAACUCUCGGGUUUGGUUGAGGUCUUUGGCUCCAUGGCAUAUGUUUCCCAAACAUCAUGGAUCCGAAGCGGGACGAUUCGCGACAAUAUACUCUACGGGAAGCCGAUGAACAAGGAACACUAUGAGAAGGCCAUCAAAGCCUCUGCGCUGGACAAGGACAUCGAGAACUUCGAUCAUGGAGACCUUACAGAAAUAGGACAGAGAGGAUUAAACAUGAGUGGAGGACAGAAGCAAAGGAUUCAGCUUGCUAGAGCUGUCUACAAUGAUGCAGAUACCUAUCUCCUAGACGACCCCUUCAGUGCAGUUGAUGCACAUACAGCUGCAAUCUUAUUCCAUGAUUGUGUUAUGACUGCUCUAGUAAAAAAGACCGUCAUUCUUGUGACUCAUCAAGUCGAGUUUCUUGCCGAAACUGAUAGAAUUUUGGUCAUGGAAAAUGGACAAAUUACACAAAUGGGAACCUACGAGGAACUUCUGAAGUCAGGAACAGCAUUCGAACAGCUUGUUAAUGCUCAUCAGUCCUCAAUGACAAUAAUAGAUUCUGCGGAUCAUGAAAGGCGAGUUCAGAUGCACAGAACAUCCGGGGAUCACUUGGAGUCUAGAGGGUUGCAGCUUAUGAAGAAGAGCAGUGAGGUAGAGAUAUCAGUCAAGGGCCUUUCAGCAGUUCAGCUAACAGAGGAUGAAGAGAAAGAAGUGGGAGAUCUUGGAUGGAAGCCAUACAUAGAUUAUUUUCAUGUUUCGAAGGGUCAUUUUCUUCUUGCCACAGUCAUUAUUUUUCAGACUACUUUUGUUAUGCUUCAAAGCAUCUCAACCUAUUGGUUGGCGGUAGCCGUUCAAAUGCACAGCAUAGGCAGUGGAAUUCUAGUUGGAGUUUAUGCAGCUAUUUCAAUCAUUAGCUGCCUCUUUGCUUAUGUGAGGACUUGGGUAGCAGCCCAGCUUGGACUGAGGGCAUCAAAGGCAUUCUUCUCAGGUUUCAUUGAUUCAGUGUUUAAGGCACCCAUGUCAUUCUUCGAUUCAACCCCUGUCGGUAGAAUUUUAACCCGGGCAUCCUCGGAUAUGAGUAUUUUGGACUUCGAUAUACCUUUCUCCUUUGCUUUUGUGGUGGCUGCUGGGAUUGAGAUUGCAACAACCAUAGCAAUUAUGGGUUCCGUGACAUGGCAAGUAUUGAUUGUAGCAGUUCCAGUAAUCAUUGCAACAAUAUAUGUACAGAGGUACUAUCUAGCUUCAGCAAGGGAGCUGGUAAGAAUCAAUGGAACAACAAAAGCACCAGUUAUGAAUCAUGCAUCAGAAUCAUCUCUAGGAGUGGUAACAAUACGAGCAUUCGCAAUGACAGAGAAGUUCAUCCAUACAAAUCUGCAGCUUAUCGACACUGAUGCAACACUGUUCUUUCAUACCAUUGCUGCACUCGAGUGGGUGCUUCUACGAGUAGAAGCACUCCAAAAUUUGACUGUGUUUACUUCAACUCUUCUCCUUGUUUUCAUUCCUCAAGGAGUUAUCGCUCCAGGAUUCUCGGGUCUCUGUCUUUCCUAUGCUUUGACACUCUCUUCCGCCCAAGUGUUCUUGACACGGUUCUACUCCUACUUAGAAAACUAUAUCAUCUCCGUGGAACGAAUCAAGCAAUAUAUGCACAUUCCAUCUGAACCUCCUGCUGUAAUCAGUGAAAAGAGGCCUCCACUUUCAUGGCCCCAUGAAGGAAGGAUAGAUUUGCAAGAUCUGAAAAUAAAAUAUCGCCCAACUGCUCCUUUGGUACUAAAAGGGAUCAAUUGCACUUUUGCGGCAGGAAACAAGGUUGGGGUUGUUGGAAGGACUGGAAGUGGAAAAACAACUCUGAUAAGUGCACUAUUUCGCCUUGUAGAUCCAGCAGGUGGCAGAAUUCUUAUAGAUGAUCUCGACAUAUGCUCCAUCGGCCUGAAGGAUCUGAGAAUGAAACUUAGUAUCAUUCCUCAAGAGCCAACUCUUUUCAGGGGUAGCGUGCGGAGUAACAUGGAUCCUCUAGAUCUGCAUACCGAUCAUGAAAUAUGGGAGGCAUUAGAGAAGUGCCAACUUAAGGCUAUUAUUAGCAAUCUACCUGCUCUUCUUGAUUCAUCAGUGAGUGAUGAUGGUGAAAACUGGAGCACCGGUCAGCGCCAACUCUUCUGUCUUGGUCGCGUGCUCCUUCGUAAGAACAGAGUUCUUGUUCUAGAUGAAGCCACUGCCUCCAUUGACUCUGCGACUGAUGCUGUACUUCAGAGAGUCAUCAGGCAGGAAUUUUCAAGCUGCACAGUGAUUACAGUAGCGCACAGAGUCCCGACUGUUAUGGACAGUGACAUGGUCAUGGUCCUCUCUUAUGGAAAGCUUGUAGAAUAUGACAAACCUUCUAAACUAAUGGAAACCCACAAUUCUGCCUUUGCUAAGCUUGUGGCAGAGUACUGGUCCAACUGUAAGCGAAACUCCAGCAAUACUCUCACAUCCAUCUUGGGAGACCUAAGAGGGGAAUAAAACAAACAGGUCCCACUAAGAUAUGGCGGUCCAACCUUUGAAAAAUUCACCAACUGAAGGGUAUAUAGUUUGGUCCAGAGGGGUCUCCAUGCUCCACCAUUCAUUCUCUCUACUAAAUAAGUGAAUGAUAGUAUUAAAAAAAUCAUGGACCAUGAAAGAAUUUUGUGAAAUGUCGACCUUAUUUAUAGCAGGAUAUUAUAUGCAAAAGGUCAUACUUGUACUUUUUGAAGCCUAACUGCUUGACAUUGUAGCCAAGGCAGUUUUUUCUAUUUUAAGUGCAGAAAGUGUACUGUUUUUUAUUGCAAUAUAUCCUUAUAUGUUUACUAAA